ACCCCAAUAGUGGGGGGGCAACUAUCAACAUCAAUGAGAAUGUAAAUAACCUGAGCUGCUUUCUUCACGGACUGCUUUAUUUAUUUCUGCCGUUCUGUUCUUACUGCAACGCCAUACUCUCGAGUUUUUAUGUAUGCUUGAAUUCUGAGCAGCAUGCAUCCACGAAAGAAAGCUGUGCGUGGUUUUUUGGUCUGAGAAUCAGAAUGUGACAUAACACGACCCUUGGCUUCGCCAACCCAGCGUCAACAAACCAGGUGCACAAUCCAGCUGCGAUGGAUCGUUCGGAUGAAGAUAUAAAAAUUCAAAAACAGGAGGAAAGCAGUGAUGAUGCUGCAAGUAUCACAGUCAUUGAUCUGAACAAAGAGUAUGCCGAUAAAUCUUAUGUCAGUGAGGAUGAAGGUGACUCCAUGGAGGCCACCCACAAAACACAUGCAGAUGAGAUAGACCACAAUCAGGAAGAACAGCAGCAAGGAAUGAACCUCAUUGUUGACCGAUCUUCAGAUGGACACAAGAGGCCUUUGCUCAGGAAGAGUUGGACCCAUACUUCCAGGCAGGACAAGGAGACAGUGGAGAAGGAGACAGAAUUGAAAGUGAACAGUUUGGGGAAUUGCCACUCGUGUUUCAGUUCCCAGGUAACAUGGAUGACUCAGCCAAAGUCUAUUCCUGUCACAUAUGCAACUUCAAAACUGCCUUCAAGAACAGUCUGGUCAACCAUCAGGCAGUCCACUCAGAUGCCAGGCCUUGGAUCUGUGAAAUCUGUGACUAUGCAGCCAAAAGAAAGCAAGACCUUAAAAAGCACCUGCAGACCAUGCAUGGAUUGGUAGUUGAUUCUCUAGCCUUAAAACCUGGCAUCAAUCCUUUCUCAUCUUCUGCUUCCUCCAGCAGUCUCACCAGCCCUGUUGAGUCCAAGCCUCAUGUAGCCAACUCAUCUCCUUUGCAUGGCAACGCUGCAGGAUCCAUGCAUGGACAUCAACAGGUAGUGAACAGCUCGAUUCCGCCAGUGCCAACGUCUGUGCAGAUGACUGGGGCUGUACCAGGCCUGCUAUCAACUGCUGGAAAAUUUCUUGCAGACAAAUUCCCCUACUCUCAGGUCUGCAGUGAUGUAGGGGUAGCAAAGCCAGGUUUGCCUCCCUUGUCUGUGCGGGAUUCCAACUUCUUAUCUUCCAUGGACUCCGAUACUGAGCUGUCAGAUGAUAUCUCAAUGUCUGAUCACAAGAAGGGACUGGUGGCCAGGAAUGUUCAUUAUCAAUCAGUGGCCAACUCUAAGAGACUGCCUUCAGUGCGAGAAAUGCUUCUCAAAGACAAACUGCACCAUUCCUCAAACACUGAGGACAAAUCACUUUUCAGGACAUCAUCUUCACCCUCAGAACUUGAGAGUGGGCCUACCAGAGAGCAGUCCAAAUCAUCUGGGAUUGCAGAUCAUUGGCACUGUGAACUUGAAACAGAAUCAAAGCGUGGGAGAAAACAAAUAUUGUUGGAUUCUUAUGAAGGUAGAAGCCCUGACUCAGAGAAGGGUUGUUCUUCUGCCAAAAUGGGGCGAUACCUGUUUGCAUCUGAGUUGUCUGCUCAUGUUACCAGUCAGAGUGAUCAGGGCACAAAUAUGGAGCCUAUGAGUAGCACUGUGAUGCGGUCAAAAUCUUUGGAGACCAAGCGAUCAUUCCACUGUGCCCACUGUGACAUUCUUUUCUUCGAGAAUGCUCUCUACCUAAUGCAUAUGGGCCUACAUGAUGGUACCAACCCAUGGAAGUGUGCAAUAUGCAAAUGUACCUUUUUUGAGAAGUAUAGUUUCACGUCACAUUUUAUCAACCAGCAUUGAGACCAUAAUACUUUAGUUUCCCUUACAUCAUAGUGUUUGUAAAUCACUAUAGAGAGCUCUAAUCAUGCAAAGAAAAUUUGCUAAGUGUGUUUAUAAUAUAAACAGUUUGACAUCAAGACUAAGAAAACAAGAACUUAGGUCAAAGUUUUUGCUACUGAUACAUAAGACCUCCAAUAUGUUUAUCAAGCAGGGAAAGGAGGUGGAGGGGAUUGGUGUUUUACAUGAGCCAGCAACUAAGGCUAUAUCACUGCAAGGCAGCCAGCCCUGAAAACAGGGAGGGGGCUAAAACCCCCAACAAUUUUAACCAAGGGUGUGAAAAACCACAACAAUUUUGACUAAGGGUGUGAUAAACCCCAACAAUAUUAAAUGGGAAUAUGAAAAUCGCCUCUAUUCUUGUUGCAGGAAACCUGAUUUAUUAUUGCUGUGCAGUUGAUAGGCAGCUCUCGUCUGAUUUUUCCUAUUCUUUUAAGGAAUUCCAUGAAUGUUUGUCUCGUCACUCCUCAGCUAUUGUGUUCAGGUCCCAGUUUUGAUGGCAGCAUCUACAUUUUACUGCUAUAACUUUGACAAAUAUUUUGUGCAUUUAGUGUGAUUUUGUCCAUUACAAUGUGAGCUGUGGAUGUAGUUUUAUUUGUUUUUAUUUUUUGUUUCUUUGUGGCCUGGUAGAAGAACAUGAAAUAUGUUGGUGUUUGUCUUUUACUGUCAUUAGAUGACAAUCAGGAGAUCGUUACUGCUUACUACAGAUGACCAGACCCUAAAUCUUUUCAGAAGCAGACUCAUAAAGUGACAAUCUAUCAUGGGCAUAUUGUGUAUCACCUAAAAAAUUCAAUUUUAUUUUUGGUUAAUAAUCAUAAAUGCAUCAUUUAUGUAGUUAAAGAUUACAUGGUCAAGUUUUAAGGAUGGCAGGAAUAAAGGUGUAACUGAUCAACAAUGAGAGAAAAUAUAAAUAUCUGUUGCUAUAUAUUUGUCAUAUAGCUUGUGCACCCCUGCUAAAUUUCUCUCCAUCAGAAAUAAAAUUUUCCUUAAUUAUUUAAUGUGAUACUGCAUUUACUACUUAAAAUCAAAUGCAGUAGUGUGGUGUAUAGUUUGAAAGUAACGAAGAAGGUUUGGAACAUGACAAGUAUAUUGUAAGGAUGACCUGGAUAGGUUUAAAGAAGAAACUUUGAAAUUUAUUAUUGCACCCUAAGCCUUUUCUUAGUAAUAGAAAUCUGGUGAUUUGGUUACAUGAGAAGUCAUUUUGGGAAUCACUGUCUGUAAUGAACUACAUGUUCAAGACCCUGAUGGUCAGAGGUACAGCUAUAUAAAAGGUAAGUAUGUUCUUGGAAACUGACUUAAGGAAAAUGAUGUGGAGCAAAACUAAUUUUGAUUAAAGCUAAUUAAUAUGUAAACAAGAGUCAAGUUCCUAUUGUAUAUUUUUGGUGGCAAAAAUACACAACAUUUAAAUAAAUACCCAGAUGAUGUAGAUGGAAAUCAUGAGAAAAUCCACACAGACGUGGGGAUAUCAUACAACCCCACACAGUGGUCCAUCUAGAUCAAUUUAGCAUAAGCAUGAACGAAGAUUUACUGUAUUUCUAACACUUUUCAUUCAAGAUUUCUUUUCUUUUAGUACUGUCCCCAAAGGCCAACAACCUAUCUUGAUCAUCGGAAGAGAUUAAACCCAUGAUGUGCUGUAGGAAGGGAAAACUCUGGUCACAGUCUCAUCUUUAUGAGAAGAUAUAUGACAUGAUUGUUGGACUCAAAUGUCAUUCAUUCAUCAGUCAUUUGUCCCUUGGCUGAUACCAGUUGUUGGAGGAGCUCAUGGGUAGACGUGUCAGCUGACAACGCCCACCACUCAGGUUUGUCGUUAGCAAUAAUGAGCAGGUACUGCCUGGGACGACUCGUUCACUCUUUCAUGUUCAUUAGGCAGUUCUUCCUCUGGCUACUGCGGUAUCAACCUCCCUUCAAGGACAGUCUUCAAGAGAGUGUUGUGGUGGGUCAUAUGACCAAAUCAGACCAGCUUACACUGCUUGACUGUUACCAGCAGUGCUUAAUGGUGUCAUAUCAGUGUGGCCAUUGUGCUUCCGUCAUUGGUUUUUCUCUUCCCUGCAUAAGAUCCAGAGCAGCCUCCUCAGGCACUUGUUCUUGAAACCAUAGAUUCAUCUCUCCUUAUUGUUAAGAGAGUCUAAGUUGCACAUCUGUAAAGCAGGUCUGAAGCCAGGCAGUUCUUCUGCCAGUAGUUCAUCAAAGGUGGUGCUGAUGCAGUUCUGUAUUAUUUUCACCAUGACCUUGUUUUGGUGUCUAAUCAAAUUUAUGGUUUUGUGGUCUAGGCACCGUUGGCUGUGACUACAUCCAUGAUCUGGGCUAUUCUUUGUGUUCCCAGUCUCAUUGGAACAGAGCAGUAAUCCUUUAUUGUUUCAUCCCUACACUACUUGAGAAGCUUAGAUGGAACGUUGUUGAUGACAGGUGACCUGCAGUGAAAAUCUGUAGUUAAUUUUCUUCUACAAAUAAACUACAGCCAAUUGGUUGGCCACAUCAUGAACAUGUGGGCACUGGGCAGUACAUUUUGUGGAAAGCCUUUAGUCAUAUUUUCCCCAAAUGACUUGGUCAUGAAUGGCCAUAUCCAUCUAGAAGCCUAGCUUGUGUCAAAUACCAGUCAUUAGGGCUUCAGCAAAGACACAAGUUUGUUGCAUGGUCAUGUGUCGGUGGCUUAGUUAUGCUUGACAGGAUUAUGUAAAAAGAGGGUUACUUAUCUGGGUAUAAUUAUUAUAAAACUUGUAUGCAUGCACCACGCAAACAUUACCUAAGUCACUUUGAGCUCUAUACAUUCCAGUGUUCCGGUGUUCAGUGGAGUACUCUUUACAUAUUUAAAGUUUUCAAAAGCUGUUGAAAUGACACUCAUGUCAACAGAUGUGUUGAUGUCUAAACUCUCAUUUGUCUCCUUUCCCCAACUAAUGUUUUAAAAUAAUAAAUGUUAAAGAAAUAAUACUUUUGAGUGCUUUACAGAAUAAACUGGAUUAUCCAUUGAGGCAGCAAAGAGCUUCUAUUGCUUUGUAUAUUUGCUCUGUUGACACAAUGACCAAUUUCUGUUGCAGCUUGUGCAUGUCCACACUUCAUGCAUGCACACACACAUAUUAUGCACUUUAAAAAAAUUACACAUAAACCAUUCUCUGUUGUAAGCUUAUUUAUCAUAAAAUCCCUGACAGAAUGACUUGAGUAAGUCAAAUGGAAAGUCUGUAAGCAAAUGGAGCUGCUUUACAUCUGCUAUUUAUUGUCAAAGGUGUUUUGUCACGGCUUUGAAUGUUUGCGCACUUAAUACAACUGACUGCCAUCACAUAUCUAGAUGUAAGGAUAAUCUCUCAAAUAAAUGAAACCAUGCAUAACCACAAGGGCGGGCAUGCAGGUGGUAACAACUGUCAA